UAUCAAAUGCAGGUGAUGGAAAUCAAGUGGAGAAUUUUCAACGGAAAUUUAAAGCUUUUAAUGAUGAACUGAAAAAUCUAAUUAAGGAACUGAACUCAGACUUUGAGAAAAAUCAUCCAACUCUUACUGGUCAAAUAAAGAAACUGCAAAACAUCACAGAUGAACUCGAAUCCAUACACAAGAAAACUACAGAGGGCAGUUUGGCAGGAGCAGCACUGGGAGCAGCAGGAGGAAUCACAUCCAUAGCGGGUCUGUGUUUGGCUCCGUUCACAUUUGGUGCUUCUUUAGCUCUUACUGGUGCUGGUGCUGCUGUUGGAAUAGUUGGAGGAGCAACAGGUGCAACAUGUACCAUCACUAACAUGGUCAAGCAGAAAAACCUGCGUGAGACUAUUGAGAAGAUCAUUAGUGAUGUCCAAAACACAGUCAAGUCAAUCAUUGAACAACUGAUUAAAAUUAAUGACAACAUAGAAGAGACUGGACAGCUGGAGGAGACAAUGAAGCAGGAAGGUGUGACAACAGCAAGAGGUGCUACAGACAUAUCAGAACUAAAAAAUGAAAUUGGCAAAGUGUCUGUAACGGCGGUUAAAGAUAUGUUAGUGUUUGUGCAGGCUGCCAAUGUUGCCUCUGCACGUGUAGAUGCUGCAAAAGCUGCCUAUGUGGCUGCACAAGCUGCCAAUGUUGCCCGUGCAGCAGGAGCAGCCACUGGCAUACUUUCAGGUGUAUUUGUUGUUUUUGAUGUUGUUUCUGUUGUUCAACAUGCAACAGAGCUCUCGGAAAUCAACCAAUCAGCAGACAACAGAAACCAAGAAAAUAUCAAAUCAGACACUUUGAAAUUUAUUCAUCAAGUGAGACAAAAAGCUGCUGUAUUUCAGAAGACUCUCGAUAAUAUUAAAUGCUUAAGAAACACUAUUAACCAAGAGUUUAACAAAAUGUUGCAAAGCAGCACUUCCUUGUCAGGCCAACAAUGAUAACUUGUUUUUCAAAUGUCUUUAAACAGUUUUGCUCCAAAUAAGCUGCAUGAACUGGGGCUUGAAUUGUUUAUUUUGCACGUCUUAUUGAAUUUUGGGUGAACAAACAUUGUUGCCUCUUUAUGAUCGCUUGCUGUAUAUAAAUAAUGUAUAAAUAAAUAAAUGUAAAUGUAACCAAAAUAAAAAAUGAGACCUAAAAUGAAGCAACAGUAAAAAUGUGUAAACAAUCUUAUAAAUGUGUCUGGGUAUGAAAGCACCUUGAAUUCUCUGCUCAUUUGGUGAUUUCGUUUGGUUAUCAACUCAUGGUGUGGAGCAGAGUGUUCUAG